UCGCUACACCACUCAUCACGAUCGUUCUUCUUCCAUCUCCCUCCCUACCCCAUAUGGCAUUAGUACCUAACGGAUGAUGGUCGUUUGAACCAGAACCACCCCGCGCGCCCUUUUCCUCCCGUCUAUCCGUUCACACGCAGAACUUGAAAUUAUUAACAAAGGCAACGAAGAAAAAGAACACCAACCAAACAUAGAAAUCAGAAUCCAGAUGUCCUCAGAUUGUGCUUUCAUGGGACGUAUUAGAAUACAAAAAGAAUUCCCCAGAGACAGCUAGGCGCCUAGGCCUGUCAAUCUCUCCUCUCCUCUCUUCCUUCCUUCCUUCCCUCCAUUUUAAUAAUAAUCCUGCAAGUACCCGGAUUAGGACUUGGUUUCUUUCUCCUUCGUACUUUCCGCCCACUUGUCGCGUUUUGCUUCCCUCUGUCGCCCUCUUCUCUGACCAUUCACCGGCCAUUCCCAGCCCCCGAGCCAGUUUUUGUCCCCAUCUGCUUGUCCGAUCGCAGUCUCUCCGUAUCUCACAGAGCUCAAAGUAAUAGGAAAUUCCAAUUCACAUUACAGAUUUCUCCAUUCCCAAUAUUCCAUUUCGGGAGUAGUUUUGUGUGUACUGUUGCCCUUCCCCAGUUGUUCUCCCGGAGCAUCUCUAUCGUCUAGUCGCUAACAACAAUGGCGGGUUUGACUGGGAGUCUUGGUCUGAAAAUCUGCAUGUAAUUAGUUGUCCUGUGUGUGGGUUGAAUUUUGCAAAACCCCUUUUACUCGGUUUUCGUCCGUAAGAUUAUUCUUCCCCUGUUAUUUCUUUUUGAUGCUUUCGCUGGCCGGAGUUUGAUUGAUUCAGCAGGUUCGUCUCCUGCCAAACUUCCAAGCCUCGCUUCCUUACCCUCUCCUUUUUUCGUUUCCUUCUACUUGUUCUCUUGGGUGGAAUUGUCUUGUUCCACCGUGUACUAUCAGAUAUCCCAGUUCCCAGCUGUGGAAUCGUCCUUUUGGGCGUCCUACUUGUGCAAUACCAGCCGUCCUGGCAAUUUGUGUCGAAUCGAGGAAUCAACAGCUUCGCUUUCCUAUAGUAUUCUCAUUUUUCUCCCUCUUCCUCCCCAAGUUCCCACAUUCCUUCUCUCUCUAGCUAUCUUUCUCUCCAGGAGAGGUCUCUGCCUGUCUGGUCAUGGUGGUCGGAGGGAGCUUCAAAUUCCUCAUCUGGGUUUCUUUAGUUUCUUGCCUGGCUUCCGUUUCAUUAGGUGGGUAUGUUCCGCCCACCAACUAUUUGAUAAAUUGCGGAUCCCCCACCAGCUCCUCAAUUGGGGUUCGGACAUUUGCAGCUGAUGAUUACCCGUCCAGUAUUUUGUCUACCCAACAGAAUAUAUCUGUUGCUAGUCCGAAUUCUGGCUCCAUCUCUGCCCCUUAUGGCUCUGCUCUGUACAGAACUGCGAGGAUUUUCACUGAACCUUCUCGCUAUACUUUCCCAAUCAGGCAGUCCGGCCGGGUUUGGAUUCGCCUCCAUUUCUUCCCCUUCGCCAGCGGCAGUUACAAUCUCAGCACGGCUCACUUCUCUGUGGCUGCUCAGAAUUUCACCCUUUUGAAGGAGUAUAGAUCGAAGGCUGAUCCUGAGGUGAGGGAGUUCUCUAUCAAUGUGAAUUCUGGUAAUUUGGUUCUCAAUUUCGCCCCUUCAGCUGGUUCUUUCGCUUUUGUGAACGCCUUGGAAGUGUUCUCAAUCCCUGGUGGGCUCAUUCCCGAGAGUGCCCAGAUGAUUGCCUCAGGGAGUUCUCAGUCUUUGGGGAAUCGGGCACUGGAGACGCUUCAGAGGGUGAACAUGGGGAAAACGACUGUGCUUCCUGAGAAUGAUACACUGUGGAGGCUAUGGGAUUCUGAUGACAAGUUUCUCAGACAUGAUUAUCUUGCAGUCAAUGUGACGGAUUUCUCAUCUGUCAGUUUCAAGAAUAAAGGGCCAACCAACUUCACUGCUCCUGUUUCAGUAUAUGGCACUGCAACUAGAUUGAACUCGGAUGGUGAUCCCAACACUUUGGCAAAUGUUACAUGGCAUCUUGGAGUUGACCCUGGGUUUGAUUAUCUGAUCCGGUUUCAUUUCUGUGAUAUAUUGCCGAAUCCUCACCCGAACUUCUAUUUCAAUGUUUAUGUUGAAUCGUGGCUGGUUUACAAGUAUCUUGAUCUCAAGAAUCUUACUGGGUAUGUCUCUGGUGCUCCUUAUUCCAUGGAUUACAUUGCAGGGUCAGUUGCUAGUGACACUCUUACCAUAAGCAUGGGGCCUCCUAACAGUGAUAACAAUCCAAUUGCCAUCCUCAAUGGAUUGGAGAUUGUGAAGAUUAGCAACUCGAAGAACAGUCUCGAUGUGCUCGACGUAUCUUUUCCCAAGAGUUCCAAGUCGAAUCUUGUUCGGAUCAUCUUGUUGAGUGUUGGAUUGAUCAUCAUUGUGAUAUCUGCUUUUGUUGUGUUUUUCAUUUGUUGGCGGAGGAGGAGAUUUGCUGAAGAUAAGAAAGGUCCGUUUGCAGCAUAUGGAGGGGGUAUGAUUUACUCAACGGAUUACUCCAACGAGACAGCAUUUUCGAUUUCGAAAUUGGAUUACAGAUUCCCUUUCUAUGCCAUCCAAGAAGCUACUGAUAGCUUCAGUGAGAAUUUGGUGCUUGGAGCUGGAGGCUUCGGUAAGGUUUACAAGGGAGUUCUGAGAGACGAGAUGAUGGUGGCUGUGAAAAGAGCUACUUCUCAAUCACAAGGGAUUGCAGAAUUCAGGACUGAGAUCGAACUGCUGUCCCAGUUUCGCCACAGGCAUUUGGUCUCUUUAAUUGGAUACUGUGAUGAAAUGGAUGAGAUGAUUAUAGUGUAUGAGUAUAUGCAAAAUGGCAACUUAAAAGACCAUCUCUAUGAUUCAGAUAAUCCCAGCUUGAGUUGGAGGCAAAGACUCGAGGUAUGUAUUGGAGCAGCAAAGGGGCUUCACUAUCUUCAUACCGGGACUGCAAAGUCCAUCAUCCACAGAGAUGUAAAGUCAGCAAAUAUACUGCUGGAUGACAACUUCAUGGCCAAAGUUGCAGACUUUGGGCUUUCCAAAGCUGGACCUGAGAUCGACAAGACACAUGUGAGCACAGCAGUAAAGGGAAGCUUCGGUUAUCUCGAUCCUGAAUACUUUCUGAGGCUACAGCUGACAGAGAAAUCAGAUGUCUAUUCCUUUGGAGUGGUGCUGUUCGAGGUUCUAUGUGGCAGACCAGUAAUCGAUCCGUCACUGCCAAGGGAAAAUGUGAACUUGGUCGAUUAUGCAGUGAAGAAUCUGAAGAAAGGGAAGUUGGAGGAAAUCGUCGAUCCCAAGAUACGGGACGAGAUCAAGCCGGAAUCGAUGAAGAAGUUUGCAGAGAUAGCAGAGAAAUGCCUGGCUGAUUGUGGGUUGUAUAGACCUUCCAUGGGAGAUGUGUUGUGGAACCUGGAAUGUGCACUCCAGUUGCAGGUGAAUGAAGAGUUUGCUCUCCAGUUGAAUGAUGAGUUGCCCAGAAGCCGCCAUGGUGAUGGGAAUUCACAAAUCAGCCCUGCUAAGAGCUUUGGUACGACCGCGAUGGGAAGCACACAACUUGGCGACCUUGCUGAUGUUUCGAUGAGCCAAGUGUUUGCUAAGUUGGUGAGUGACAGCGAGGAAUUACAAUUGCAAAAGUAAACGACAAAGUGUUCGUUUGUUGUUUAUUUUUGCUUACAGAUGAUGCUGCAUAGAGCAAAAUGAGGUUUGCUUUCAUGCAAACCAUAUAUAGUGUUGUACAGAAAGUCAAGGACUCGAGCUCAUUGUGGAGUUCUACUUUCAUUCUUUUUAGAAUUAAUUGAUUCAAUUCGUUGAAUUUUUGUUCUUUCGUUUCCACCAGUUACUGGAUCUAGGAUCUAAUCAUCCACGAAAAGUAAGAAAUUUUGAAUAUUUUGACCAAUUCAAAGUGAUAAAAGGAGUUGCUCCGUCGACAAAAUUGGGAUACAAUUGAGCCAAAAGAUCCCAAUUCAAAAUAAAUUGAGAUUUUUUUA